ACCAGCCUGUCGCCUGUGUGAGAAAGUCCCACUGUAAGAGGCCCUGGGCAUCAUCAUUUCCUUGUUUCACGCUGUCUGGGUUGCCAGCAAAUCCCCAGGACUCUCAGAAACCAGAGUGUUGGAUUAGGUCCCUCCAGCCGCUGGAAAGAUGAACUCCUGCGUCACCGUCAUGAGGCUACUGCUGUGUGGGCUUUUUCUCUUUGCCAGGGCCUCCGGCUACAAUCUGGAAGUGCGGCACGUGCAAAACUUCUCCUUCCCACGCGCCGGGAGGCAUUUCGGGUACCGCGUCCUGCAGGCUGGAGACGGGCUUGUCGUGGGAGCUCCAGGUGAGGGGAACAGCACAGGAAACCUCUAUCAGUGCCAUCCAGACUCUGGCCACUGCCUACCAGUAAGCCUGAGUGGUUCCAGUUAUACCUCCAAGUACUUGGGAAUGACCUUGGCGACAGACUUCACAAGCGGAAAGCUUUUGGCAUGUGAUCCUGGGCUAUCUCGGAUGUGCGACCAGAAUGUCUACCUAAGUGGCUUGUGUUACAUUUUCCACCAGAAUCUGAAGGGUCCUGUGCUGCAAGGGCGCCCUGGUUAUCAGGAAUGUAUAAAGGGCAACGUGGACUUGGUGUUCCUGUUUGACGGCUCAAUGAGCUUGCAGACAGAUGAAUUUCAGAAAAUUGUGGACUUCAUGAAGGAUGUGAUGAAGAAACUCAGCAACUCUUCCUACCAGUUUGCUGCCGUUCAGUUUUCCACGGACCACAAAACAGAAUUUAAUUUCUUGGAUUAUGAUAAGACGAAGAACCCUGAUGUUCUGCUGGGCAAAGUAAAACACAUGCGCCAACUGACCAACACCUUUAGUGCCAUCAACUAUGUCGCGACAGAGGUGUUCCGGCAAGACCUGGGGGCCCGGCCAGAUGCCACCAAAGUGCUUAUCAUCAUCACUGAUGGGGAAGCCACUGACCACGCCAACAUUGACUCAGCCAAAGACAUCACCCGCUACAUCAUCGGGAUCGGGAAGCAUUUUGAGACCAAGGAAAGUCAGGAAAGGCUCCACGAAUUUGCCUCAAAACCUGCGAAGGAUUUUGUAAAGAUCCUGGACACAUUUGAGAAGCUUAAAGAUCUGUUCACUGAGCUGCAAAAGAAGAUCUAUGUCAUUGAGGGCACCAGCAAACAGGACCUGACAUCCUUCAACAUGGAGCUGUCCUCCAGCGGGAUCAGCGCUGACCUCGGCCACGGCCAUGGCGUCGUGGGGGCGGUUGGAGCCAAGGACUGGGCUGGGGGCUUCCUAGACCUGACGGCAGACCUGCAGGAUGACAGUUUUGUUGGGAAUGAGCCACUGACACCGGAAGCGAGAUCAGGCUAUUUGGGUUACACAGUGACCUUGCUGCCCUCCCAAAGGCUCACUUUGCUGCUGGCCACUGGAGCCCCCCGCUACCAGCACGUGGGGCGGGUGCUGCUGUUCCAGGAGUCAGAGGACAGAGCGCACUGGAACCAAAUCCAGGAAAUAGACGGCAGCCAGAUUGGCUCUUACUUCGGUGGUGAGCUGUGUGGCGUUGACAUGGACCAAGAUGGGGAGACAGAGCUGCUGCUGAUCGGAGCCCCCUUGUUCUAUGGGGAGCAGAGAGGAGGCCGGGUGUUUAUCUACCAGAAAAAACAGCUGGGGUUCCAAGUGGUCUCAGAGCUGCAGGGGGACCCUGGCUACCCGCUUGGGCGGUUUGGAGCAGCCAUCGCCGCCCUGACGGACAUCAACGGGGAUGGGCUGGUGGACGUGGCCGUAGGGGCCCCCCUGGAGGAGCAGGGGGCUGUGUACAUCUUCAACGGGCAGCACGGGGCGCUGAGCCCCCGGCCAAGCCAGCGGAUCAAAGGGACCCAGGUGUCCCCGGGAAUUCGAUGGUUUGGACGCUCCAUCCAUGGGGUGAAAGACCUCGGAGGAGACGGCCUGACGGAUGUGGCUGUGGGGGCCGAGGGGCUGGUGGUUGUACUCAGCUCCCGGCCCGUGGUGGACAUCCUCACUCAGAUCACCUUCUCCCCGGCGGAGAUCCCGGUACACGAAGUGGAAUGCUCCUAUUCGCCCAGUAACAGGAAGAAAGAAGGAGUUAACAUCACAGUCUGCUUCCAGGUCAAGCCUCUCACCCUCCAAUUUCAAGGACUCCUGGUUGCCAACCUCACUUACACUCUGCAGCUGGAUGGCCAUCGGAGCAGGAGCCGGGGACUGUUCCUGGGAGGGAGACAUGAACUCAGCGGCCACACAGCGGUCACUGGACACCCAUCCUGCACCAAGUUCUGGUUCCACUUCCCAGUGUGCAUUCAAGACCUCAUCUCUCCCAUCAACAUCUCCCUAAAUUUCUCUCUCCCGGAGGAAGAAGGGACACCGAGGGACCAACAGGCGCAGGGCAAGAACGUACAGCCCAUCCUGAGGCCCUCACUCCGCACAGAGACCAAGGAGAUCCCUUUCGAGAAGAACUGCGGAGAGGACAAGAAGUGUGAGGCGGACCUGGGGGUGUCGUUCGCUCCAGGAUCCGGAGUCCUGCGUCUGACCCCGUCUGCCAGCCUCUCCGUGUCGCUGACGCUGAGUAACUUACAAGAAGACGCUUACUGGGUCCGCCUCAACCUGAGCUUCCCCCAGGGACUCUCCUUCCGCAAGGUGGAAAUGCGCAAGCCCCACAGCCACAUACCUGUGAGCUGUGAGGAGCUCCUUGAGGUGUCCAAGCUUCUGACCAGGAUCCUUUCCUGCAAUGUGAGCUCCCCCAUCUUUAAAGCAGACAGUGUGGUUACCCUCCACGUGAUGUUUCAUACGCUGCUGAACAGCUCCUGGGGGGACUUGGUCGAGCUGCACGCCAAUGUGAGCUGUGACAAUGAGGACUCGCAAGUCUUGGAGAACAACUUGGCCACCACCAGCAUCCCCGUCCUGUACCCCAUCAACAUCCUGACCGAGGACAAGGAAAACUCCACACUGUAUGUCAGCUUCACUCCCAAGGGUCCCAGGAGCCGCGCUGUCAACCACUUCUACCAGAGCACCUCACAGCCUCUGCGGACUUUCCCCGGCCUCUUUCUCCAGCACCGGAUACUUUGUCUGUGGGUGAGAGAGAACCUAGAUUUUCACGCACACAUUUAAUGAGCCACUGCUCUAGUCUGGGUACUUGGCUAGUGGCUGGGGCAGCAGUUAUGUAAGUCAGGGACCCUGACCCCUCACCCGACCCAAGUUCUGUGCUGGAGCUUUAUCUGUGUGACCCCCACCUCCACUUAGGAUUCUCCCCCAACCCGUGAGAGCCGCAGAAGGCAGAGGCGUAGCCAUUCCCCGCGUACAGAUGAGACAUGCACAGCACAGAGGGGUCCAGCGACCUGCCAGGUUACACAGCUCCUAAAGGGGAAAGGUCAGAUUCCAGCACUUACUGAAAUACCAGAAUUCAUGAGUUUAACCUCUGAGUUAACGAUCUGUCGCUUCUCAAUGCCAUAUGCUCGGGGCUAUAACAGCAAUCUUCAUUAUGGGAGGGAAGAAGACAGAGGCCGCCCCCUGGGUCUAAAGCACCGGGGGGUCUAAGGCUUCUUUCGAGGUAACCUCUGAGACGGAAGUAGGUACCGACUCCCCCAAGGACAUUCUCGUUUUCCGGUGGAAGAAACUGAGUCCCCACAGAGACACUCUCUUUGCCCAAGGCCACACUGGCAUAAGGGCAGACUGGGGCAGGGCCCCCCAAGCAAGGGACCCCAGCCGGGUAGAACAAGAGCAGAGGCUGGAGCCAUCUCACUGGGAUACGAUGACCUCCCCCCUGGGGAGGUCAGGUGUCCAUUUGCACAGAGAAUGGCCACUAGGCUUGGUUUCUAGUGCUGGUCACGGGAAUGCCUCCGGGUUCCCCAAGGAGGUUGGCAGACUAGUCCUUUUACCAGCAGAGCAGUGGGGAAGAUUUGGGCAGGCGUGGAUGCAAGCCCCAACUCUACCCUUCGAUCUCUGUGUGAUCUUGGGCCAAGGGCUUCACUGUCCAUGCCUCGGUUCCCUGCUGUGACUCAUGGCGUUUGGAAGAACUUGCAGGGGUCGGUCGUGAGGGUGAAGUGGCUCACUUACUCCACAUGGGGUGCUUGGCCCAGUGCCUGGGAAGUGGAGGUGAUUAAUGGCUGGGCAGGUGUUGUGCGGCUGCAGAUUCCGCAGCGACUGUGGAAGCCUGCUUCUCUCCUUGCCCUGCUCCUCUGGGAACCGACGCAAACCCUCUGCGCUCCCCUCCCCCCCACACCCCAUUUCUCUCUCUCUCUCUCUCUCUCUCUCAAGUCAGCCUGGCCAGAUGCCUCCAGCUCCUCCGGCCACCUUGGCACCCUCCAGCAUCUCGAGCUCUGCCUUUGGCUGCCUGGCCCACUGCUUGGCCACUCUUGCUAAAGACCCUAAUGAUCUCUGUUUUAGCUAAACCCCGCUCAGUGUGGGACACUGGUGAUCUUUCUGUCUUGCCAGAAACUCUCCUGUUAGGCUCUUUUUUUUUUUUUUUUUCGCCACAGGGAGGUCACCUGGGGUCUCUUGUAAGCUCGACAGGCUGGGUAGUCCCGUGCGAGCAGGGUCUGCUUCCUCACUUUCCUCCCUCUGCUCUUCCCCUGGCCAGGUCGGACACAUAAGCUUCAGCCAGACCCGAAAGCUUUUUGAAGCUCUGCCAUUUCAAGCUGUGUGGCCUUGGGCGGUUUGCUUAGCCUCUCUGGGCAUCAGUUUCUCAGUCAGUAAAAUGGGGAUAAUAAUCGCACCUACUUUAUGGGGUUGUUAAGAGGAAAAACCAGGACGAUGCAUGUGAAGUGUUCUGCAUCACACUCGACACGUCCGCCAGCAAAGCGGUGGCUGCUUUGAGGCUUGUUCUCACCCUCAUCCAAGGAAGGUGAUGGAACACCAUCGUCCCGGUCUCGGGAGGCCCAGCUGGGGCUCAGAUGCCAGCUCUGCUCCCCGAUCACUUCAGACAAACCAGUCUCCCUGAACCUCAGCCAUCCCCUCGGUGACGCAGGGAUGACAGCGCUGCCUGGGCCUAGAUCCAGCAUUCAGCGACCACCGCGGGGGCCCGCACGCUCGCACCACUGCCCACCCCGCAGUCUGAGUCCCCCUGCGGCUCCCAAGUCCACACUGUGACCCUCCGGCUCCUCUGUCCCCCGCAGCCUGUCACUGCUCUCCACCAGGAUUACUUCAAACAUCUUUUUUUUUUUUUUUUGUCAUGAUAGAAUGAGAUACAAGUCACAGUCCGUAUGAUUUACCUGCUUCUUAAAAAAAAGAUUUUAUUUAUUUAUUUCAGAGAGAGAGACCACACGAAUGAGGGGGAGGGGCAGAAGGAGAGGGAGAAGCAGAUGCCCCGCUGAGCAGGGAGCCAGAUGCAGGGCUCGAUCCUAGGACCCUGAGAUCACGACCUGAGCAGGAAGGCAAGGGCUCCAUUGACUGAGCCACCCAGGCGCCCCUGAUUUACCCGCUUUUAAAGCGUACGGAUCCGGGGCACCUGGGCGGCUCAGUCCCUUAAGGGUCUGACUUCAGUUCAGGUACUGAUAUCAGCGUCUGGGUUCAGUAUUGGGGUCCCCUGCUCAGUGGGGAGUCUGCCUGUCCCUCCCUCUCCCGCUGCCCGUCUCCAGGCUGGUGCUCUCUUUGUCCCUCUUUCAAAUAAGUAGGUAAAAUCUUAAAAAAAAAUAGUGUGCAUUUCAGUGACUCUUAUAUUUGCAAAGUUGUAUGACCAUCACCACAAUCUAAUUUUAGAAGAUUUUCUUUAUUCCAGAAAGAACCUUCACGUAGGGGAGGAAUCCUACAGUACCGGGUCUUUUGUGACAAGCUUCUGUGGGUUCCCAGGGUGGUUUCGGGGUCAUCCGCGCUGUAGCCCAGGCCCGUGCUAUGCUCUUUUUUCUUGCCAGAUAAUAUUCCACUGUGAGGUGGGCCGCACUAGAUUUGUCUGUUCGUCUGCUGGUGGACACCUCGGUGCUUUCCACUUUCUGGCUCUUAUAGACCGUGUUGCUUGAAUGUUCCUGCCCAGACUUCAGUGUUGACAGGUUUUCUUUCUCUUGGGUAUAUACCUAAGAGUGCAAUUCUUCCUCCUGAGGCUUUGUCUCAGUGUGUUCUAAACCAAGUGUGGCGCUUUCCCCUAAGCCAACACCACCUCAGGGGUGCUCAAAACCACCCUUUCCCUCAAGUAAAACUUCCGAGUCUGGGUGAGUCUGUCCUUCCUCUAUGCGUGGCCCCGGCCUCAACUUCCAGUCCGUGUUCUCUUGUCUCCUUGGCCCCCACGACUGCUCCGACUCUGGCCCCUCAUCUUCUUGCGGCUGUUGGCACAGGCUGCCGGCUUGGACCUCGGCCUGCUAUCCCCACUGGGUUCCGUUCUGGGCCUGCUGUGAGGGAGCCCCCCGGAGCCUGCCCUCCUCAGCUAACUUCCGUGACUCACCAUUGCCUACUUGAGGGUCCCCUGAUUUCUGGCCUUAGGCCUUCAGGGCACACAGUCUUGCCUCAAGUUUCCUUUCCAGACGUGUGUCCGACCUCUCUGUCCCAGGCCCCCAACCUCCCUCCGGGUCUCACCCGCCUGGUGCUGUCCUGACUCCCCGCAUUUUUGCUCCUGGGGGGGCCUCCCCCACCUUCCUCUGUCCCCUCCCCUCAGUCUUCUACGGUGAAGUUCAAAGGCCUCUCUGACGCAGCCCUUUUUAAUUUAAUGGACCUGAUCUUUUUCAAGCGUCCGCAAAUGUUUGCCAAGUGACCCGUGGUAGAACCUUUCCGACUGGCUCUGAGAUUCCCUGCUCGGCCUCCCUGAGCCGUUCCGUGGUGCUGCUCCUGAGUUACUCCUUAGCGGCUUCUGGAUCUUCCAGCCCUCGCCCAAGCUGGCCCUCUCAUCUAAAGGGCACUCAGGCCCUGUUUCUUCAAUCAGUCCAACGCCCAGAGCAAGUCCUUCCCAACCUGCAUUGUGCAAACAACUGUCGCAUCUGUGCAACAUCUGUGUGACUGUGGUACAUGCCCCUCCUUCUGGCAUGCAUUCGAACACUGACUUUUCUGGAAGCCCGCUGUGUGCUAGAUAGUGCGUCAGGCAGCAGGGAGUCGUCGGCAAAAGGAGCCACAACUGCUGCCCUCAUGGAGCAUGUAGCCCCUGGACAGACAGACCCCGUCCUGCUGGGGACACAGAGCUCUGUGGGAACAUGCAGCGGGGAUGGGGGGGGGCGCUGCCCUCUCCUUGGGGAGUCAGCUGAUCGCCUCGAAGGUUUGCCCUCGGAGAAGGCAGAGAGGCACAUGCAGCCCGCAGGGGCAAGCUUCGAGGACGAGCUGUCCUUGCCCGCCGCCUGGCGAAGAGCAGGCCCUCAGGCCUCAGCCAGUGAGCUUGCCUCUGGAGGGGUGGCCGGCAUUUAGGGCUCUGCUGUCCCAUGUCCUCUG